ACCCAAAAUUUCAGCUUUAUUGGUGAUGAUUCUCCGUUCUCCAUCGUAAUAACCUCCCUUAUUUUUCUACCUCAACACUUCGGCUACAAUUGAAACCUUAAUAUAGCGCUGGGGCCUUUCGCAAGGCUUCAUUAUCAAAGAAAAUGACCAAACUGACAAAGACGCGGAAAAACCCAAAGAGGAAAAAUCCCGACGACCAUUGUUCUUCUUCUCCAUGUCCGUCAUUGAAAUCCUCGAGAAAGACUAAUGUCACCGCUGGUUCCUUCAAUGACAAUGAGCCAUUCCCCGAUCACUCUCAACCCACGCCGGAGGAAUGCCGAGCCGUACGGGAUGAUCUCUUAGCUCUCCAUGGUUUCCCCAAAGAAUUCAUCAAGUACCGCAAGCAGAGAUCACUCGAUCAUAUUGAAUAUGAAGAUGAUGAUACUAGUGGUGCUGAGUCUUGUUCAGAGAGUGUACUGGACGGUCUGAUAAGCACAAUUUUGUCCCAGAACACCACUGAAGCUAACUCUCAGAGGGCUUUUGCUUCCCUCAAAUCUUCUUUUCCAACCUGGGAAUGUGUUCUAGCUGCUGAUGCAAAACUUGUUGAAGAUACCAUAAGAUGUGGGGGUUUAGCACCCACCAAAACUUCUUGUAUCAAGGGAAUAUUAAGUUCAUUGUUUCAGAAAAAAGGAAAUUUGUGUUUGGAGUACUUGAGAGAGCUAUCUAUAGAGGAAAUCAAAAGGGAGCUCUCUUGUUUCAGAGGAAUUGGUCCCAAAACGGUGGCAUGUGUCUUGAUGUUCCAUCUUCAGCGAGAUGAUUUUCCAGUUGACACACACAUUUUUCAGAUUGCAAAGACUCUUCAUUGGGUACCUGCUGAAGCUGAUGUGAAAAAGACAUAUAUUCAUUUGAAUCAGCGAAUUCCAGAUGAACUAAAGUUUGACCUUAAUUGUCUCAUAUAUACCCAUGUUAGGAUGGGACUUCAGACGAUAACUGUUACAGCUGAUUACCAGCUGUGGUGCUGGUUUCUUUUCCGAGGAUGUGGUCAACACUUGUAUGAGCCUAUAAGAAAUGAUGAUUAUCAAGUUUGCUACCUUCUGGUGCAAGUUUUUGUGCUGCUAAGUUACCUUGAGAGGUGAUAUUUCUGAGUGAAGAACAGAUUUCCUUCGGGAGCUUUAACUAAUGUCUUGGCGGAAAAAGCACAGAAAGAAUGAACUAAUGAGAUGUACUGGAAAUUACUGAUAAAGUGGAAGGAGUCCCAAUUCAUUAAUGCACUAGGCUCCCUGUUCUGGCUUUA